ACAUUUUAUUCAUUUAAUUGUUAUCACUUGUUGCCUAUAAAAGGGGAACCUAGUUUCCAAACACAUCAAAGUUGUGAGUUAAAGUUAGCAUAGAAGUUUAAAGGCAUUCUUACACCCUACUUCUCUUCUGUCUUUCUCUUUUUCAGCUAAAUCCCACUUGUUGAAUAGUAGAACAUGGAAGGGAAGAUGAGCUGGACGGUGGCGGAUGCGGUGGACUACAAGGGUUUCCCUGCUGACAGGUCGAAAACCGGAGGUUGGGUUCCGGCUGCACUCAUUCUAGGGAUUGAGAUCUGUGAGAGGCUUUCAACAAUGGGAAUUGCAGUUAACCUUGUGACAUACUUGGUUGGUGUAAUGCAUUUGCCAAGUUCAACUUCAGCCAAUGUUGUGACAGAUUUCAUGGGGACAUCUUUCCUCUUGUGUUUGCUUGGAGGCUUCCUUGCUGAUUCAUUCCUUGGCAGAUACAAGACGAUUGCCAUCUUUGCCGCUAUACAGACACUGGGGACUGGGGCAUUAGCAAUAGCUACAAAACUGCCACAACUACGCCCACCACCAUGCCAUGCAUCGGCAUCCCAUACAUGCAAACCAGCCAAUGGAUUUCAGAUGGGGAUUUUGUACGUGGCCUUAUACCUAAUUGCACUAGGCACUGGUGGCCUAAAAUCUAGUGUCUCGGGAUUUGGAACUGAUCAGUUUGAUGACAAAGAUGAAAAGGAGAAAGCCCAAAUGACCUAUUUUUUCAACAGGUUCUUCUUCUUCAUUAGUACUGGAACCCUGACGGCGGUUACGGUGCUCGUCUACUUACAAGAUGAAGUCGGUCGAAGCUGGAGUUAUGGAAUCUGCUCUGUUUCCAUGUUUGUAGCCAUCUUGAUAUUCUUAUCAGGGACUAAAAGAUACAGAUAUAAGAAAAGUAUAGGAAGUCCAAUAGUUCAGAUUUUCCAGGUUAUUGUAGCUGCAAUAAAUAAGAGGAAGAUGGAACUCCCUUACAGUGUUGAAUUGUUAUAUGAGGACACCCCAGAGGCUCAAAGAAUUCAUCACACAGAUCAGUUCCAGUUCUUGGACAAGGCAGCCAUUGUUGCCGAAGGAGAUUUCGAAAGAAAUGUUGUUUCAGCUCCAAAUCCAUGGAAACUUUGUUCUGUCACAAAGGUAGAGGAAGUGAAAAUGAUGGUGGGGCUUUUGCCGGUGUGGGCCACAACCAUCAUAUUUUGGACCACUUACGCCCAGAUGAUCACUUUCUCAGUGGAGCAAGCCUCCACCAUGGAAAGAUCAAUUGGAGGUUUCCUAAUUCCUGCCGGUUCCCUCACCGUCUUCUUCGUAGCAGCUAUACUGAUCACCCUUGCGGUAUACGACCGUCUCAUUAUGCCAUUAUGGAAGAAAUUGAAAGGAAAACGAGGUUUUACCAACCUACAGAGAAUUGCCAUAGGCCUAGUCCUAUCAACGUUGGGAAUGGCGGUCGCGGCACUAGCCGAGAAGAAACGAUUGGCAGUGGCGAGAACCGUGGGUGCCACCACAACAACGCUGCCUAUAAGCGUGUUCAUGCUGAUCCCACAGUUCUUCCUAGUGGGGGCUGGUGAGGCCUUCAUCUACACAGGCCAACUUGAUUUUUUCAUCACUCAAUCCCCCAAAGGAAUGAAAACCAUGAGCACUGGUCUCUUCCUCACGACACUAUCGCUGGGUUUCUUCGUCAGCAGUUUCCUGGUAUCAGUAGUGAAAAAAGUGACGGGAAGCAAUGAUGGGCAAGGAUGGCUAGCGGAUAACAUAAACCAUGGGAGACUUGAUUGCUUCUAUGGACUUUUAGCAGUUCUAGGCGUGAUAAACUUCGUACUGUAUCUUGUUUUUGCGGUGUGGUAUAAACCAAAGAACCCAAAACCUGCCCUACAGAUGGAGACCAUUGUCAAUGGCUCAUCUGCUGAGAAUAAGUGCUAGAAACAUGUUAUUAUUGCAUUUUGUUGGUGUUGUUUUAACUUUAGUUUCAUCGCCUUCUUUUGUGUAUUAUAAUAACUGGUUUGGGUUUGGUUUCCUUUCUCUUAUUGUCUUUUACAAUCAAUAGAGAAUCAAGGUUUCAGUUUCA